AUGAAUACCGAUGAAAAGAAAAACGAAGUAUCGCGGUAAGAUUUUUACUAGGAAGAUAUUUUGUAUCAAAUCAAAGUAUUUAAGGGAGUUGGGCACACUUUUUGAUCAAAGCAUGACUUAUCUUGCUGUAAUUUUAUGGAUUAUUGACAAGAAAACUGGAGAAAAACAUUGGAACUAUUUGGAUGUUGCUGUCUCGUCAGCUUGUUUUAUUUUAGUGGUAAAUAAUAAUAUUCGUUUUUUCGAGUCUAACUGUGAAUAUUUUCCAGGUUCUAUGCAUGUUUAUAAUCAUUUUUUGUGUAUCGAUGAUUUGUUGGAAAAUAAAUUCGAAGGAAGUUUAUUACAGCAAGAAAAUGAGAAAAUCAAAUUGCCGAUUGACUAUGACUAUUGUUUUUCAAGUAAGUAUUCAUUCCACCAUCAGAGAAAUAGCCUUUUUCUUACAGGUUAGCAUAACAUGUUUUAUGAUGUUCAUACCGCUUGGUUUGCUGAUGAUCUGCCCGAUGUUCGGAAUAGAAAUAGCGAAUUUGAAAAAUAUUCUAACAGCUUCUAUUGUUUUCUAUCCAGCUGUUGAAGCAAUUAUCACAAUCUUUAUCAUCGGUGAUUUUCGAAAUGCGUUGUUUUGCAGAAAACCUGGACCAAGAAAUUUGCAAAAUGUUAAAAGUUCUGGCAAAAGCAUGGAGACCAAGUUUUGA